AUGUCGAGAAAAAGAAAUUGGGAUUCAAAAUGCUUUCCCUUUCCAAGAGAGCCAGGACUGCAAGUCAGAGAAGCAAGUCUCAGGCCUGUGGGGGCAGCUGCUGCACUCUCUGAAGACUGGCUCAGGUGUGGAGAAGGGUUUCAGGACACUUCUGGAGCUUCGGUGUUAACAGCUGAAAAGAAGACUUUGAUUGCAAAGCACCUUGAGUUAUCCCCUCAACCCAAAGAAGAAAAUUUCAAAUCUAACAAUGUGGAUUGUCUGGCAAAUAUAACAUGGAGUUCCAGUGGAAGUGAUCUGUCGGACGAAGAAAAGGCAGUUUCUAAAACACCAAGAGAUGAGCUGCAGUUUAUUGACUGGGACAUAGGCAAUAACAAUGAACAUCAUGAAUUUGAAGAAGGUGAGAGUCCUUUGGAUAUAUCUGACUGUGCUUCUUGUGCAAGUAGCAGCCCAUUGAAAAGUGAACAGAGACUUUCUAAUUAUCCCAAGAUAAAUUCUACUGAAAUUUUGGAGUAUUCAUCAGAUAGUGGAAAAGAAGAUGAUACAGAAAAUAUCUUAUUUAUUGAUUCAGAAUCUCCUCACAAAUGCAAUAUAAAUUUUGCAUCCAAUUCAAAGCAAGUUUUAGAGAACCCAGAACCCUGGAUGAAAUCUACAGAGACCAUUUUGUGUACACCCCCAAAAAAGAUCAAUAAGUUUCCUAGGCCUCCAGAAGAUUCUGCUAAGAAGAAGAAGCCUAUAAGAGGUGGGCUAGCAGAAAGAUUAAGUGAACUACAGAAUCGAGAGAGAUCUGCCAUUUCCUUUUGGAGACACCAAUGUGCUGCUUAUCAAAAGACACUUAAAGGGAGGGAACCUGGUCUAUUAAUUGUGAAAAUUCUGGAGCUUCAUGAGGAAUGCACCAUUCAGGUGGCCUUUUGUGAGCAGCUAGAGAGACUGCAAAGUGACAGUCCUUUACUGGGUUUGGCCACCAGGCCCAGGGUCUUCUUGAAGGUUCUUUUCACCAAGGAGACAGCAGAGCACCUUAAGGGACGUCCGCAGGACAUUGUGCACAUCUACCCUCCCUGGCAAAAACUUGUAAUUCCAAAUGAAAGUUACCCUGUUGUUCUGAAUACUUAUUGUUGUCAGAAAGUAAUUGUUAAAGAAGACUCACAGACAACAGGGGUGUUAUAUGGCCAAGGCAUGCCGCUUAAACGAAAGAACAUCAGUUUGGCCCAGAUGUUUAAUUUUAUGGAUCUAACACCAAAAACUCAGGUUACGUGUAGCACUAUGACCACCACAGGAACAGACUUCACCCUUGAACAAGAAGACACAAGGCAGCAUUUCUCAGCCCACAUCACCCCAAGUCAUUCUCUCUUGGAUGUGGUGCGAAGCCAGGGAACACCUGCAAAAUCAGGCGUCCGAGUGGUGGUUCAGAGAGCUUACAUGCUUCCUUGCAGAGACGGCACCUCAUGUGCCUCCUGCACAUACAGAGACCAACCCCAUGGCCGGGAGACGCGAGCGGUGAGAGAGCUCGGAAUGAUUCCUUCGCGGAACCAUUGCGGCGAGGCUUCUGCGAGUGAGAGUCGGAGAGUGACAGGCCUGGGCCCGCAGACAGGGAUGGCGGGCGAGGCUUUGCCCGGGGGCGCAGCCCCACUGGAGCUGCGGCGGGAUCGCAGUAUGGUGUGUGUGGAGUACCCAGGCGUGCCAGCUGGCAGUAGAACCUGUCUUCUUGUACAAGAUGCUUAUGGGCUAUUUGGUGAAGUGCACCUGGAGGACACCACCUUGAAGGAAAAACAUUUGGAAGGGAAGUCCUGCAGUCUGGUGGGAGUGAAGGUUCUUCAGAAGGCCACCAGAGAAAGGACAGUGGGGCUUUUCAGUUUAAUUGACACCAUAUGGCCUCCAGUGAUUCCUGAGAAGACACUUGGCCAAAGUCAGCCCUGUGAAGAGGUACAAGCUGAUAUGCCUCCUCCAAACUUCUGUUACAUUCUCACACUUCAUCCAAAUUUGGGACAAAUUGAUAUAAUUGAGGAGGACCCAGUUUCUAAACUAUAUAAGCCUCCAGUAUGCCACUGUUUAAAGGAAAUUCUUCAGGCUAGUGGUCUCGGCAUGCGCUGCACCUUCUAUGGCAGAGUAAUUUACCAAAGACCACAGCUCAAGAGUUUCCUUCUUAUGCAACCAAGGGAGAUUUGGCUGGUAGUGACUGACACCACCCUGCAAAGGAAGGAUGAGAGUUGUUCUGAUCUCCCCAGGACAGUGUCCAUCUGCGUGACCCCCUCAUGUGUGUUGGGCCCAGAAGUCCUGGAAGCACUCACUGUGGCUGCCCCUCACAACAUCCUCUUCAGGGACGCUUUGCAAGAUCGAGGCCAUAUUGUUUGUGUGGAACGCAGCGUCCUCUUACUUCCAAAGCCUCCUCUGAGCGUGGCUUCUGGUGCUUGUGCUUCUGACCUGACGGGGCCAGUGAUGCUGGAUGAACUGAGCUCCAGAACUCAAGAGUACUCCCUUUGCAGUGUUCAAGGCACUGUGGCCAGUGUGGACAAGAGCACUGCUUUUUCAUGGCCUGCUUGUGACCACUGUGGCAAUGGAGAAUUGGAGCAGAGCCCAGAACACAGAGGAGGAACCUUCUACUGCAGCAGAUGCACCCGAGUGGUCACAUCACCUGUUCUCAGAAGGCACCUACAGGUCUAUCUGAACUGUCCCUCAAGAUUGGGGUGUUCUGUGAAGGUCAAGCUUCUGCAGAGCAGUAUCUCCUCCCUUCUACAGUCAGCCACCUCUGAGGAUGGGAGUUAUGAAGUGAAGAGUGUCCUCGGGAAGGAGGUAGGGCCACUGAGCUGCUUCGUCUGGUCCACAGCCAGCUACCCAACAAGCUUCACUGGACUGGAGGAAGUUCAGCUCCUGCACGCAGGGGUAGCCUCUGCCAGCCACCCUGUGCUGUCUGGGCAUCUGUGA